AUGAUCCCGAUCACAUCACAACACUAUCACAAUCACUUGCACUGGAUGUCCUUAACACUUCACCUUUUGACUUUUCACUGUCGAGUCCUACUGGGCUCUGCGGAAGAGGUUCCGCUCGCGUCCUUUUUUAUCGGUGAUCGGGACGCUAUGGCCAAGCCUGGCGUGCGGAAACGGUAUAGCGGCGGCGUCUUGGGCGCACUCUCUUUUAUAGAGUUACGUCACACAGCUUGGAAAGAAAGUAGUGAUGGUAGCAGUCGGGCAUAG